CUGACCAAAACAACUUUUCCAUUGUAAUUUUAUCGAAAAAAACACUUCUCUAGAGGAUUUAACUAUUCUUACCCUCAAAAAACGGUCGCAAUCCCAUUACAAUGGGGCAAGUAAAGAGCCAGUUCAGUGAAGACGAGCUUCAAGACUACGAAGACCUGACAUACUUUACGAAGAAAGAGAUUCUCUAUGCUCAUAAGAAGUUUAAAAAUCUUGCCCCAGAGAAAGUUGGACACAACAAAAAUGCGAAGCUGUCUAUGAGUAAAGUCCUUGAGUACCCGGAGCUGAAGGCCAAUCCCUUCGGUGAUCGCAUCUGCAAAGUGUUUAGUUCCAGUAACGAUGGGGACAUUACUUUCGAAGAUUUUCUCGACAUGAUGUCCGUCUUUUCCGAUGCUGCGCCGAAAUCGGUUAAAGCAGAACACGCCUUCCGGAUUUACGAUUUCGAUGGAGAUGAUAUGAUUGGGAGAAACGACCUGAAACAAGUCAUACAACGGCUGGUGGCUUACAAUUCAGACCUUGGGCACAACGACAUCGACCAACUCAUAAACAAUAUUCUCGAGGAGGCGGAUUUGGAUGAUGAUGGAGCUUUGUCGUUUGCUGAAUUUGAACAUAUCAUCGAUAAAUCGUCGGAUUUCAUUAACUCCUUCCGCAUUCGACUGUAGGUUGUAAGAAAACGAAGAGGAAAAAUCUCCAACCAUCCGUAUUAUCCAAAAACGCAACUAGAAAAAAUCGAUUAACCCAACUCGUGAUGUAAUUUAAGUUUUCGAGCGCAUCAUUUCAUAAUAAAAUUGUAUUUAUUAUUUCGAAGCACGACUAGCGUAC